AUGAAUUAUCUGGGUCUCUGUGUAACGAGGGAAAAGAAAGGAUGCACGACGGGCAACGUAUACAUGUUCACGCCCCUUUUGCAGGGAGACAUCAGGCGGGUCGCCGUUCAGCAUCCUUCUCAGUGCAUCAGCGGCGAGCUUGUCCUGAAGGAAAUGGCGGCGUCGCUGAAGGUUCUCCAUGAUGCGGGCCUUGUUCACGGCGAUGUAAAGGAGCAAAACUUUUUUGUGGGGAGAGAUGGCCACGUAGUGAUUGCUGACUUCGGUGCCCUAGGCUACCCUGGUUGUAGUUUAGAAGCUGGUACCCUAGGCUACAUUGCACCGGAGCGACUUGUCAACGACAACGCAAACUCUUUUGCCUCAGACAUAUGGGCUCUCGGAGUGACUUUCAAAAACGUGUUAACUGCCUUACGCGCUACAGUCCGAGCAGACCGGGAAGUGUUAGAUGGAUUGUCAAACCGGAUGACCGCUUCCGAUCCUGCUGCUCGUCCAUCAGUGGACGACGUGCUGUUAGACCCCUGUCUCUCCGCCCCGCCCAGUCUCGCAAGCCACGAUGUUGCACCGUUCACUCCCGAUGCUUUUGGUUAUUAUUGUUUGACUGGAGCGACCAAUACAUCAGAUUAA